AUGGUCCCCUAUGCUCCCUCGUCGGACCGACAACCCAAUGGCAGAUCGGGGGCUGCCAACGGACAUGGCAGAGCGGAGAGGAUACCAGGCACACCGAGGAAGGAAGCCAGAGUGGGGAGAGAGAAAGCCGUUCAAGUUCCUGAACUCAAGGACUAUGUUCUUGGAGACUGUCUAGGAAAGGGUGCUUUCGGGUCAGUUUACAAGGCUCUGAAUUUGGGGACGGGAGAGGCCGUAGCUAUCAAGCAGAUCAAGCUUGGGGACCUUCCGAGAAGCGAGCUGCGGAUGAUAGAGCACGAGAAUAUCGUCAAAUAUCUAGGUUUCGUCAAAUCCUCCGAAUGUUUGAGUAUCAUAUUAGAGUACUGCGAGAACGGUUCACUGCAUUCAAUAUGCAAAAGCUAUGGCAAAUUCCCCGAAAACCUGGUCGGUAUCUACAUGACCCAGGUUCUCCAAGGACUCCAGUAUCUCCACGAUCAGGGUGUUAUCCACCGAGACAUAAAGGGUGCAAACAUUCUCACGACAAAGGAUGGCAAGGUCAAACUCGCAGAUUUUGGGGUAUCCACGAGCACGUUGGCGGGGGCCGAUAAAGAAGCACAAGUUGUAGGAACUCCCUAUUGGAUGGCACCAGAGAUCAUCCAGUUAUCCGGAGCAACAUCUGCAUCAGAUAUCUGGAGUUUGGGGUGUACGGUCAUUGAAUUGCUGGAGGGUAAACCGCCGUAUCAUAAGUUGGCCCCUAUGCCAGCGCUCUUUGCUAUCGUCAACGAUGACCAUCCACCGUUGCCAGAAGGUGUUUCGCCGGCCGCCCGAGAUUUUCUCAUGCAAUGCUUUCAAAAAGAUCCCAAUCUGAGGGUUUCGGCCCGGAAACUGCUCAAACAUGCAUGGAUUGUAGGCUCUCGACGUACCGACGCUCCUGUAGCGAAACCGCCCGCCAAUUUUAACGAAGCCGUCGAGGAGGUAAAGCAGUGGAAUGAGGCCCUCAAAUCACCUAAUGGUACAAUAUCAUUUCGUGCUUCAACACGGUCGAACCAUGGUAGUCCCAUGAGACGAGAUCCGCCUCUCCGCAGUAUGCAAAAUGAUCAAGCAAGCGCUGGUCUGCUCACUCCAGCCAAAGGGCCUCUCUCUUUGGCAAAGCCGAAGAAUACCGCUGAGGCAUUCCGGUCUCCAGAAAGCAUAGGCGACGAUAAUUGGGACGAUGACUUUGCUUCAUCUAUAUCAUCAAGCGCGCUCCAUCUUCCACAGUUCAAACCGCAUGACAACUUCGGAGGAAUGCUGUCUUCAGAUCGCCUUAAGGCAUUCGCCUCUUUUGAUAAUUCGAAUGCGGAGAGUGACAACUGGGACACCAACUUCGAGGGUGAUCUUAUGACUAUCAAGGGCCCUCUUCGGAGCGCGGAAUCUGAAGGCCAUGAGCUUGAGACUAUUCGGCCAUACCGAGCAAAAACCCCCGUGACCACGCAGAAUCCCAAAGCAGCCGUGGCACCGAAAAGUACUGGAAGGAAGGCGUCAUAUACUGCACCUCCACGCCAAAAAUCCCCUGCGAAAGCUCAAGCGGAAGCAAGAUUUGUUCUGCCAUCAAGACCAACUAGUAUGUAUCGUGAGCAAUCAGUGGAGGACUUUUCAGACCUAUUUGUGGACAAUGAUAGCGUUUUUGACCGGCGACUUAACAUCAUCAAGGACGAUGCGCUUUCGCCGAAAUUAUUUCAUCCUUCAGAUCUCACACGUUCUGCGCAGCCCCCUAUGAUCACUGGUCAUGGAAGUGAUAGAAGAAGCCCUGCACCCCACCCUAACAUUCAGGAACAAUCUGUGCGGCGAACCAGAUCUUCUGUAGAGAUACAGCGAUACGCAGAGGGCGAAGAUGAUGAAGAUUUCUCUGACAUCUUUGGUAAUGAAGAUAUUAGCAUUGAUAGGGAUGAGAGUGAUCGUGGUUCUGAGGACGGUGUUGGAGCUCUCAUGCUGCAUUCUAAACUCUCAAAUAACUCUUGGCUUGGUGAUGAGGAUGACGAGGACGAUCCUUUUGCCUCGUUGGAACAAGGAUUUGAUGAGAUGGACCUGCAGGCCAAUAUUGCCCGAGAUAAGCAUGCCAGGCUAUGUACCCUAGUUGAGAGCUUAGUGAGCUCACUAAAGGUAAGAGAAGAAGAGGAUGUUCUGGAGGAUCGGUCCGGACAACUGCUUGAUCUUUUAUUCGAAUCCGAGGAAGCAAAAGGCCUUAUCAUAAGCGCUCAUGGAAUGCUCCCAAUCCUCGAGAUCCUUGAGCCUUGUACAGUCAAGACUCGCCAAACUACAAUAUUGCGGCUCUUGAAGGUCGUUAAUACAAUCAUCAUGGACGAUGUUGAAAUACAAGAAAAUUUGUGCUUCGUCGGAGGCAUUCCAAUCAUUACGAAGUUUGCUGCCAGGCAAUACUCGAAUGAGAUCAGACUAGAGGCUGCAGCAUUCGUGCGACAGAUGUAUCAAACAUCCACACUAACACUUCAGAUGUUUGUCAGCGCUGGUGGACUUAACGUGCUAGUUGAGUUUUUGGACGAAGAUUAUGAUGAAGCAAGAGAUCUUGUCCUCAUUGGCGUCAACGGUAUCUGGAAUGUGUUCGAGCUCCAAGGACCAACGCCAAAGAAUGACUUCUGUCGCAUCCUUUCCAGAAGCAAAAUCUUAUCUCCAUUAGUUCUUGUUCUGGAUCGGGUCCUUGACGAGAAGAAGGAUAAGCUUUCCGAACUCGUUGAAGGCCGCAUUGUCAAUAUCUUCUACCUCUUCUCACAGGCCGAAAACUAUGUGAAGGAAGUUGUAGCAGACCGAGUCGUACUAAAACGCGUCCUAAAGAACCUCAAACGCAUGACGCCAGUACACCAGAUCACAAUGCUUAAAUUCAUCAAGAACCUGUCCAUGUUGUCGACGACCUUAGACAAUUUGCAUUCAGCGAAUGCAAUUGAACUUCUGAUCGAUCUGUUGAAUUACAACAUGAAAAAGGCGUCGACACAUUUCCGCGAGAUCUCCAACCAGGUUUUGAAUACCAUGUACAACCUGUGCAGGCUAAGCAAGGUGCGACAAGAAGAUGCUGCCACCAAUGGCAUAAUUCCACUGCUUCAGCGUAUAAUGAAAACCAAAAGACCCCCUAAGGAGUUCGCCCUGCCAAUCUUGUGCGACAUGGCACAUUCUGGCAAGGUCGCCAGGAAAUAUCUUUGGCAAAACAAAGGGUUGCAAUUUUAUGUAUCAUUACUGGAAGAUCAGUAUUGGCAGGUCACAGCGUUGGAUGCUAUUUUCAUAUGGCUUCAAGAAGAGACUGCUAAAGUCGAGAAAUAUCUUCUCGAGGGUAAUUUUACGGAGGCAAUAGUGCAGUGCUUCAAUGCACCGAGGGCCAGCGCAUUCGAUUACAACCUUCUGGAGCCUUUACAGAAGCUUCUGAGAUUGAGUUCGCCAGUCGCUGCCUCUCUAGCCCGACCUGACAUGUUUACUGGCAUCCUCCAGAAGCUCAACAACAAGAAGGCUGUAGUACGAUUGAAUCUCCUGCGUAUUGUUCGCAGUAUAUGCGACCCGAGCCAGGAAAUAUCAGACAGCAUCUGGAGUCACAGCCUCUUCGAGGCUGUUCAGCGUCUUGCGGAGACCGACAACGCAGUAUUAGAGCAAGAGAUUGCAAGUGGUGGACGACCCCAGUCUUCAAGACGCAAUAACUCAUAUACGCCUCCGUCUAUACACCAGAGCGCAUCGGCGCCAAUGACCCCGACCCAUGGAAGCCGACCAUCGACAUCUUCAGCGUUUAUCGAUGGCAGUGUGACUCCUAGAAGGAUGGCAGUGCCUUCAAGUUAUGGGGAAGCAUUACAUUAUCGACCAAAAAGUCGAGAAAGUCUACAGGGGAUGAUGCGAAGGACAAGUGCAGAGCUUGCAAGCGAAACAUCAGGGAGCAAGAACCGUCUUCCAAGGGCAUCUGUACAUCGCCCAACACACUCCUCGCAUGGCAUAGCCACUCCCGGACUCAGGGAUGACCCAUCGUCCCUCCAAAGGGAAAGUGGAAUGAGAAUUAGGGAUGAAGCAUCGUCCCUGCAAAGAGAGAGUGGAAUGAGGCUUCGGGAUGAAUCGAGGUCAGCUGCAUCACCAGCCUCUGGAGGGACGGCCCCCCAGCUGAACCCCAGACGGAGAAUGCGGCCCCCAAGUGGGGAUAUAAACUGGUCAUGA